UGCUCCCUCUAUGAAUGAUUAACUCUCAGCUGAAGCGGGUGGCCUAGGGGAGGGCUCGGCUAACAGGACCUUUGGACCCGGGGCAGAGUGUCCAGAGGGCCAGAGUAGAGCCUGCAGAAGAGAAGGACAUGGCAGCCAUGGGUGCCAGGUGGUGCUGAGAACAGUGGGGCAUGGCUGCAGUCCUGCAGGUCCUGCCCUGCUUGGCCCGAGCCCCCUUGCGCCCACUCCUCUUGGGUGGCGCAGUGGUCCGGCUGGCCAGUGGCAUGGCCCUCGCGGAGCAGGCACGGCAGCUGUUUGAGAGCGCUGUGGGUGCCGUGCUUCCAGGCCCCAUGCUGCACCGGGCACUGUCCUUGGAUCCUGGUGGUGGGCAGCUGAAGGUACGGGACCGGAGCUUUCAGCUGCGGCAAAACCUCUACCUGGUGGGCUUUGGCAAGGCUGUGCUGGGCAUGGCAGCUGCAGCUGAGGAGCUACUGGGCCAGCAUCUCGUGCAGGGUGUGAUCAGCGUUCCCAAGGGGAUCCGUGCUGCCAUGGAGCAUGCUGGCAAACAGGAGAUGCUGCUGAAGCCACACAGCUGUGUCCAGGUAUUUGAGGGCGCAGAGGACAACCUCCCAGACCGUGAUGCACUCCGGGCCGCACUGGCCAUCCGGCAGCUGGCUGAAAGCCUCACAGCUGACGAUCUACUGCUUGUGCUCAUCUCAGGUGGGGGCUCAGCCUUGCUGCCAGCCCCUAUCCCACCUGUCACACUGGAGGAAAAGCAGACACUCACCAAACUGCUGGCGGCCCGUGGAGCCAACAUCCAGGAGCUGAACACAAUCCGGAAGGCCUUGUCCCAGCUCAAGGGUGGGGGGCUGGCUCGGGCUGCCUACCCUGCCCAGGUGGUGAGCCUGAUUCUGUCAGACGUGGUGGGGGACCCUGUGGAGGUGAUCGCCAGCGGCCCCACUGUGGCUAGCAUCCACAACGUGCAAGAUUGCCUGCACAUCCUCAAUCGCUACGGCCUUCGUGCUGCCCUGCCACGUUCCGUGAAGACUGUGCUGGCUCGGGCUGACUCUGACCCUCAUGGGCCACACACCUGUGGUCACGUACUCAACGUGAUCAUUGGCUCCAACGCGCUGGCGCUGGCCGAGGCCCAGCGGCAGGCUGAGGCGCUGGGGUACCAGGCUGUGGUGCUGAGUGCAGCCAUGCAGGGCGAUGUGGAAAGUAUAGCCCGGUUCUACGGGUUGCUCGCCCAGGUGGCUGGAACCCGCCUCACUCUGGCUGGGGCUGGAGCCUCUGCAGAGGAGGGUGAACAACUCCGUGAGCUGGCAGCUGAGCUCCAGCUCCCAGACCUGCAGCUGAAGGAGGCUCUGGAGGCUGUGGUGAGGGCCAGGGGCCCCGUCUGCCUGCUGGCUGGUGGUGAGCCCACAGUGCAAUUGCAGGGCUCAGGAAAGGGUGGCCGGAACCAGGAACUGGCCCUGCGUGUUGGAGUAGAGCUGGGACGACAGCCACUGGGGCCUGUAGAUGUGCUGUUUUUAAGUGGCGGCACCGAUGGGCAGGAUGGGCCCACAGAGGCCGCUGGGGCCUGGGUCAUGCCUGAGCUGGCCAGCCAGGCUGCCGCUGAGGGCCUGGACGUGGCCACCUUCCUAUCUCACAAUGACUCACAUACCUUCUUCCGUUGCUUUCGUGGUGGGGUGCACCUGCUGCACACAGGGCUGACUGGCACCAAUGUCAUGGACGCCCACCUCCUGUUCCUGCGGCCACGGUGAUGGUAUAGGUUGUGUUUUAGGAGUACAGAGGAGAGGCCUACAGGACAGCAUCCUGGAGCCGACCAGGGUUGGUCCCCAAGGCCUCACCAGGCCUUAGGGUUCCUUCUUUCCUUGGCCCAGGCUGCUUGGUUGGCCCUUAUACCUCACACCCAUGGCUUCUGCUCUGUUCAUUCCUCCAACCGGACUGGCAGAUGGGGACUCUCUUCUCCCUACUUUCUGCUGUGACAGAUAGCAGGUAUCUCUAAGGACUGGGAUGAGCCCCUUAGCCAGUUUGCUGUUCCCAGUCUUCUCCCCACCCACCCCCAGGCAGCCCCUCUGCUGAGCUCUUGAGUGUCCUUUCUGUGGGGUAAAGCAAGGACUGUAAAUAAAAAGAGCCACACUACGGGUUCUCCAUGUGUUUUCCCUCUGAGCGAAGACUCACCCAGAACUGCUGGGAAGGGGAGUGGGAUCAGCCUGCAGCCCCAGCGCUAAAACCCUACAGGAGUUCCCCACACCCUGCUCUGCAGGUAUACUCAGCACUUGCUUCACUUAAACAGGAGCCUAGGAAGGUUGAGCGUGGCUUCUGACGCAUUCGAUGGGGACAAGCAGAGAGGGAGGACAGGCCUAAGGACUGCAGACUGUGGGGUCUGAAAGCAACUGGCCACCUAUCCAACUGUGACUCCCCUGUGGCCUCCCUGUUGCAGUCUCCAGCUUCUGCUUGCUGUGUGCCUUGCUGGGUGAAUGCUUACUGUCCACUAAGUCUGUCCUUCCCUUCUGUGUUUGGAAAACCCUUAGGCACAGACCACACCUUCUUUGGUUGAUCUGCCCUUUGUUUACCCACGGGCUACUCUCAGCCACAUAGGAUUCUGGACCUUGUUUUCUUGUGUCAGGCCCAUUUUUCCAGGUGGAACAUCCCAGUUCCUUUAGCUGCUCCUCUGGAACCCAGUGCCAGCCUUGCAGUGGUGGUCUCCAGCGCUGAGAUAGUGGGUCAGAGUACUGAUGGGAUCCAGCAGCCCACCUGCCCAUUCUCCUGUUACAGUUGGCCAGGGAAGAGGUCAGUGGGGGUCGGGGUAGGGAGAGCAACAGAGGAAAGGUUCCCUUGGCUAGGCUAGCAGCUACCUCUCUUUGGGCCCCCUUGCUCAGGAUCCGAGCCCUCGCUGGCCGCCCCCGCCGUGCGCCACGGCUCCAAUCCCUAUAUGAGUGAGCAGUAGAAUCACAUAGGAAUAAAAAGCCAUAGAGAACAGCGAGGCCUGGGGCUGCUCCUGCUGGCCCCCUCAUCCACCCCAGCUAUCCCUUCCUGUCUGAGGGUGUGAGGGGCUCUGGGCCAAGGCUGGCAUGCUCUCCCCCUGGGAAGAGCCUCCCUUACCCACUUGGGCUCUGGACAGCCCAGCUUGCAGACUGUUCAUGACCUGGGGACAAGGUGAAGUCAACAAUGUGAGCCAGGCUCUGGAGGCCAGGGAGGCUUAGGGAAGAGGGGAGUUUGCACCCCUCUGUGAUGCAGGGCACCGUUUCCUUUCCUUCUGUAUUGGCAUGGAGUUCCCACUGACUGGGGGGAGGGGGGAUGUCAUAGUCUAGGGAAUGUUGCCCCCACGUGGCAAUGCCUGUGCCCUGUUGCUCCUCUGGUAACCUCUAGAUAUGCCCUGUCUGUGUCAAUCCUUGCCUAUGCGGACAUGACUGUUGGUGCUGGGUGUCAAGUUCCAGGCAAGAGCAGGAUAGGAGGGCAGGGCCUUGUCUGCCUUGUCCACAGCAUGUGUGUAUGUGUGUGUGUGUGUGUGUGUUGGCAUGUGAGCACACAGAUGUGGGUGGCCGGGGAUAGGGAUGUGCUGCUUUGUACACUAGGUCUCUUGCAUGCCUGCUGAGGGGUUUGGGUGUGGGUGGGGUCUCACCGGAGGUCUCCUGUGCUGCUUUGGCCCUUGCCCUACACCUAUGUUUGUGGGGGCUGGGAGGCCAGGGGCUGGAUUGGGCCUGGCCCAUUAGAUUUGCUCAUUUGGUAUCCCCAAGAUGAGAAAAGAUCUACUUGGCCUCAAUCUAGAUGCAAAUACGAGAUAAACGCUGUAUGGUGACUGUUCAAUAGGACUUAACUAUUUGCUCCAUAAAUUUCAGUUAUGGGUCAUA